AUGGAGGAGACAAAGAGAAGUGAGCACAUGCAGCUUUUCAAUGUUCUUUUGGAGAAUUGCAAUAGAAAGCAUCCAGGUGGCUUACUUCCAAAUAACUCUUGAUUUCUAAAAUCAACCCGCAAUGAAAAAGUUACCAGCCUCUUACUUCAAUUACUUUUUGAUUCUAAUAAAAAAUCCAAACGAUUUUCAGAAAAAACUACAGCAAUAAUUAUGGUUCAAAAGGAUGAAAAGGAAAACUAUAAAAUAAGACGAGCCUCUGUUCUCCAAGAAAAUAUUGAUAUUCGCAAAACUUUAAAUAAAAUUAAAACAAUAUCAUUUGGCGAAACGGAAAUUUAUCUUAAAUUAUUGCACGCAAGAGAAUCGCAAAAUCUUCUCAUUACUAUUAAUGAUCAAAAUAUUAAAGUAGCAAUCGGAGAAGAAUGAUCUUGCAAAACUGAUUUAAAGAAUCAUGCGAAUAUAAAAGUUUUUGAGGAUACUGAACUGGUAGGUGAAGAAGAGUUUGAUUUUUGGAGCGUUAUUGAAGAUAUACAUUAUUUGAAGGCUGUUGAAAAACCAUUUUUUAAUAAAAUUCAUUCAAGGGAAAACCGAAAAUUCGAGUAUACAAUUGAGUUUAAGCUUAAUGUUUCAAAUACAGAUAGAGAAGAUAUACUCGAGCAACAUCUUAUUGAAAGUGAAGAGCAGCUAAAAGAAAAAAAUGAUAUAGAAGAAUUGUACACAGAAACUUUAAGAGUGCUAUGUAUCAGAGAAAAUGAAGAUGGAGAUUUCAUCUCAACGAUCCCUCCAAAACUGAAGUUAGAUUCUUUAGAAGACAAAGAUAGAGGUUGCGACUGUAUUUUAUUUUAA